UGAUAAACUUAGACAAAGAGGCAACCGAACACGCGGGUUGACAAUGUCAUGAGGCAAAAUUGGCACAAUACUAAACGCGUCUCGAGCACGUGGGCUCGAGUGGCCAUUUUGCCCAACAGGCCGGUGGUUUACUAACUCCCCCUUCGUUCGUUGCUCGUUGAUGAACAAGAUCCAAUCCGACGCGUCGUCAGAAAAUGGAAUCCGAGCCGCAACCACAACAAACCGUGACGUUGACGGAACUGUUUCUCAGGACCGGUAUCCUGGCCCUCAAAGUCUUAAUUCCCAUGAUAUGGCUUCAGAGCAAGCUCUCGCCUAUCCAAUUUCUCAUUGGAGGCACGGUGUUGGUUCUUGUUGCAUUCCUCUUUGAUUUCUCGCCGACCCAAGACUCUGGUUCCCCGUCGUCAGUGCGCCCCAGCAAUCUCCGCUACCCGGGGAGAGUGGAGAGUCCAAGGACGAACGAGCCAGAUUGAGGAGGUGUGCGAUGGUAGCUUAAGCUCGGUCCGAUAGUG